AUGGACCCGCCAAGAAAACUGUUUACAGUUCCCCAGCGGAGCCGAAACCGCAGCAAACGUGGAGAAUCUUCUAAGGAAAAAGCAAACACAAACCCAGCGGAAGGAGACUGCCGGCCCACGCGGCACCGCGGCCGCGGCGGCGGCGGCGGCUCGGAAGGGCGCAUGCGCAUUUUGCCGCUGUCGCCCACCACCCAACUUCUGCAGGCCCCGGCGGCCGGGCCGGGCCGGGAGGGAAUCCGGGCGUUCGGCCUGGGCCGCGCCGCGCUUCCCGUGCCGGUGGCCGCAGCCCGGGGCCCGCCCGGGGCGGGGGCGCAGGGCCCGGGGCCGGCGGUGCCCGCGCCCCCGAGGCCGCCCCUCAUUAGCAUGGACGCCUCGGGGCCGCACGGCAGGAAGCCCGACCUCGGCGGCGGCGGCGCCAAGACCCCGGAGCCGCGGGAGCCCGCGAUCCCUGACCCCAGCGCCUGGCCCGACUCGGGGCGCCGGAAGCCCACGCCGCCCUCCGAGAACCGCGCCGGCUUCCGGGAGGCCACGCGCGCGCCCGCCGCCACGCCGGGCCCGCGCUUCGCUCAAGCCGAGAACCGCGCGUCGCCGCGCCGCGCGCCCGAGUCGGAGGUUCCCCCGCGCCGCGCGCGCCCCGGUGCCCAGCGUUCCCCCGCGCCGCGCGCGCCCCCGCGCGCCGCCGCCGCCCGCGCUCCGCACCCCAACCGGCCGCGCGCCGCCGCGCCGCCGCCCUGGCCCGCCGAGCCCUGCGCGCGCCCGUGCGGGGCCGACGCGGACGAGCACGAGGCGUUCUGCGCCAGCGAGUUCGCAGCAGCGAACGGCGUGGUGCGCGGCGUGGACGCGCUGGGCGCGGGCGCGCGCCUGGUGACGCUGCUGCUGGACGGCGACGGGCUGUACCGCCGCGACCGCCUGUACCUGGCGCCCGACGGCUUCCUCUUCCAGGUCCACAUCCUCGCCCUGGACUCCGCCCGCUGCAGCCGGCCGUGUCCGGAGUUUAAGCUCGGCACCAGGUACAUCGUGAUGGGCCACGUCUACCACAAGCGCCGGCAGCUGCCCCGGGACCUGCUCCCGAGGCUGAAGGGGCGCGUGCGCCCCGGGGACGGGCUGCUGCCCGUGGGCAGCUACGUGAAGAGGUUCAACCGGAGGCGGGACCGGCAGGUGCGCGCGGCCAUGCGCCUCCAGUGCAGCUGAAACGCAGCGCGGCCGAGCCCGGGAGACUCGAACUCAGCCCCAACGACGAUGUCUGCAUGGAAUGGGGAGAGGGAGGGGUCUUUAAAAAACGGGGCCCACAGCUGUGUUACGGACAACUUGGGGAUCAUCCCAACUCUUAGAGUUGCCACAGGCUCAUGUACCAGACGAUUUCCACACGGACAGGACCCGCUUCUCGGGUCAGUAGCCAGUUCCUCAAAUGGAACCCGGGUUUACUGACACCCCUCCAGGACCUGACCUGUGCGGUGAACAGAUCACGGCUUCAUGUGAAGUUUUUAAAUUAUUUUAAUUUAAUACAUUCUCCGGUAGAAAUAGUUCACAAAAAAGAUCUGAAUUUAAAUAUACAACUUUGAACCGUUUAUAUCAUGUACCAAGCCAAAUGUUAUCCUUAAAACCAUCACAUUUCAAAUUCUGUACAAAAGAGGAAAGCACACUCAUCUGAAGACAUUUACGGGUGAAAUGUCCUUUAGAUCAAACCCUAGAGUUAGAGCAGGACAAGUAUUAACAUUUUACAUUUAAGGAGUACAAAAGGGCUUAAUUCAAGCACAGUAUUAUAGAAGGCAAGAGUUCCUGAUGUACCAAAACGUAAAAUAUAGUCUAGAUUCUAGCCUCCUGCUCCUAAUAGCUUGUUUUGUGCCAAACCGGCAGCAACUGCAGUAUUGCGAUGCUAAGCAUACUCUGGUGGAGCUGAUGUCAUUUUUCUAUGAAGACCAAAUAGCACAUUUGUGUAUGGGAAGCAGUAAAUCUUGCCUUGAAAUCA